AAAAAAAGUAUUAAUGCCACAAAAUUGAAAUAUAUAUAUAUAUAUAUAUAUAUAUAUAUAAAUAUUAUUGUCUUUUGUCAAAAUAUGAGAAAUGACAUUAAUUAGGAUACGCUGAACCCAAAUAUUUUAAAUCGUUUUUUCAGAAGGCACGAAAAACACAUUUCUACCUCGAAGUCGUGUUUUGCAAACCCUUCUCUCUCCGUCUCUGGCAUUCCUUCGCUUCUCUCUCUCACCGACAUCCCCUCCUCUCCCUCCUCCGCUGGCCGCCGCCACAGUCGCUCUCUCCGCUCCCGUCUUUCUCAAUACUUCCAGCCGCUGCAACGUUUCCAGACGCCGCAAUGUUUCCCUCGGCUGGUACCAUCCAAUGACGACCCAUGCGCGAUCUCGAGGUGAUCAUCUCCGCCGCCGUUGCGCCAUUACUGCUGCAAGUUUCUGUAUUCAAAGUCCUUAUUAACAGGUGUAUGCGUGACAACAACUAAGGGGGAGAGAGCCUCCUUCAACUUCUACUACUACAUCUUUGGUUUCCUCCUUUGGUGAUCCCAUUUCCCAAGAUGAAGAUGUUAAUUUGGAAAGGUGGCACCUGUUCUUGUGUUCAACCAAGGAGCGAAUUUCCCAAGUUCCUCGCCUUCUGUCACCCUUCUUUCAAUGCUUUAAUGUGAUUGGGCAUCAUUUGGAGGGUAUUAUGCUGCUCUAUUUUCUCUUCUUCUUGCCAUAAGAGUGACUGAUAAAUCGAUGCAACAUCAGCAUCUAAAAAGAAGGUGUAAUAAGCUUAAUGUCCAGAAGCAUUCUCAUUUAUACGGUGCACUAUGGAAUAAAUGAAUUUCCUUUGAGCUAUUUGCACUAAUGGUUUAUAAUGUAAUAGUCUUCUGUAUGCUUAUGCUAUAUUUUUUCAUAUUACAAGGCCAUGGGUUGACUAAAACAGUUGGAGCCCACAGUUACAAGGCUUAAAAGUUAACAUCUCAGCAACAAAUACAGAAGAACACUUAAAUGCAUCUGACCACAAUCCCAUUAUCCACAACAGGCUCUAUGCAGGUGCGCCACAAUGUGGUAGUAGCUAACAUAGGAAAAACUCUCCAAAAAGCACGUGUCUUUCGAUUAUUAUUGCAGCGCUGAUCUUAAUAAUCAAAUGAAUUAUUCUUUUAUAUAUCUUGCAGCCACAGUCAAUUUUGGCAUUCUUUGUGUAUAAUAUUGUUGCAUACUUCAUCAUUCGUUUUGAUAAUUAUUUUAGGGAUUUGUCCAGACGAGAGGCAAAAUAGAGUGGAUGGGAAUAAGGAUUUUGGGGUGGCUGAUGGUAGGGUCCACCAUAUGAUUCUCUUUCUACCCAGAGACAAAUGAAAUGAAAUGAGAUGAAAUCAAUCAAUCAACCAACCCACCCACCCAAUCACCAUUAAUCCAAUCCCGCUCGGGCUCAUUUUAUUCCACAGUUAGGAUAGAGAAAUGCUUGAUGACAGCAUACCUACUUGGAAUUCUUCUCCUAAAGCAGGAAAGCAAUUUGAAUAGACUGGAAAUGGAAGAAAAAGGAGUGGGAAUUGAUAGGAAUGAGAAAUCUAUUGGUGGAGAAAGUCCAUCAGUGGAAGAUCUAGUUAGAGACACUGGAAUAACAACACAAUCUAAUAGUUUCUAACAUGUCCCCAAAGCUACAGAAGGUGGGGUCCAACUAGAACAACUGUCCAAGACAAAUGCUUUGCUUAUUUAUAUGUUAUACCAAUAUAUUAGGUAAUGACUUGGUUCACCUGUAAACAUGUUUUUUGGCCUUAAAAUAUGGUGUUUGUCUGCUCUAAGAAGAUUUACCCAGAUCUUAUUGAAGACCCCUAUUCGUAUAUAUGCUUACAUCAUUACCCACUUCUCAUAUUCCUUUGUUUAGCAACUACCUUCACUUUCCAUCUCAGUUCUCAAGAUCAUUCCAAAAACAUGGUCAAGAUAAACAUAUUUAAGGUUUUAUUAAUUAUUAAAUGUGUGGGUGGUGGGAUAGUUACAAUGAAGCUUCAUUAAGUGCUGAAUUGUCACAGUUUUACAGAACCAAAUAUUAUUUAAUUAAAAUUUUAUUUGUAGCUCUGUAGCUGAUGGGACUGGGCACCCACAGUUAUGAUAUUCAUACAAACAAUCAAUUGUAUAUUAUAUAGUAAAACUUUAACACAUGAAUCUUCUGGCCCAUUACCUGGUCAAGGCAAAUAAUCUUAAAUAUGCAUUUCAGUGCAGUGGGAGAUUUGUUGCAAGUUAGAUCCUCCUCUUUCCAGGAGAUUACAUCCCCGUUCUUUUUUGACUUUUGAUAUUAAACAUUUCUUCCCCUCUUUAAGCAUGGAAUAUGAGUUUUUAAUGCCCAAGUGGUACCAUAAUUGCUGGUUUAUAUUAUCUUAAAGUGCUCAUAGGCCCUGUAGCUUUUCUUUACUCAAACAUACUGAAAUUUCUGUGAUGGAGAAGUUUUGAGGUGUCUACUAUAAUAUGGAAAAGCUUAAACCAAUAUUGCAUGAGGAGACGGCUUCCUCAAUCUGACUUUCUUUUUUUUACCUUUUCUUUAAUUGACCCAUGUGUACGUUUAUGCUUUUCAUGAUUAUAAAACUAUGCUUGUUUGAAAUACAAUGCAUCAUGGAAACCCAAUUGAGCCUACUAUAAAAGGAAGAGAGACAUCGAACAAACUACCGGUGCAUCAGUACCACAAAAUAUCCUUGUUUAGAGAAAUGGAAAAGGAUGUUGGCGAUCACCUUUCUCCCAGAUGGGAUGGAGAACAUGGGCAUUCUUCUGCAUCCUGUGUUGACAAGAAGCUCAGAUUAUUUGGGUUUGAGCUGCUUCCAUUUAAGAAUGAUGAGAGCUGCAGCAAAGGGUCUGCAGAAGGAGAUGAAAGUGUGAAUUCAUCAUCAAACACGGGUUCGUCUGAUGGGGAGAAACAAUUUCUGCAGAAAGGCUCAAGGGGCGAGCCAGAGGACAGGAGAUUUGAGUGCCAAUACUGUUCCAAGGAAUUCGCAAACUCGCAGGCUUUGGGUGGUCAUCAGAAUGCCCACAAGAAGGAGAGGCUGAAGAAGAAAAGGUUGCAGCUUCAAGCAAGGAAGGCCAGCAUCAACUAUUACCUUCAACCUUUUCAAAAUCAGCAUAGCUCCAUUUACCAUGGCUCCAAUCCAUGGUUUUAUGAUCCCUCCUGCUAUGCUUCUGACCACACUCUCAAUGAAGAAUCUCAGAUUAGUUUCAGCCCGUUUGAUCAAGACGCCCAUCUCAACGGAUCCCAAGUAUCAAAGUGGUAUCCUCUGCCUGCUCAUGUAGCAUUCCAGCAGGAGACGAGUAUGUUCUCUCUGACGCAGUCGGAUAGAUCGGGAGCAAACGUACCGAUCAUCAGCAAGCCUUCCCCCUUGCCUGUUUCAAAGCAGAGCUGUAAAUCUUUGGAUCUUCAGCUGGGGCUAAGCUUGGAUUCAGACAUCCGAAACAACUCCAGAACUGGGAUGUAAUAUCUCAAUAUUGGUGUAUGGUGCUGCUGUACCUCCAGUGAUUUAUAUUCUUUGAGCUUUCAAAAAAUUAAAAAGAAAAAUAUAGAAGAAUUCAUGAUGAUUAACCAAUAUCAUCGACGGAAGUUCAGUGAUUACAGAAGCAUACGACUUUAUCCAUGCUUGUGGUUCAGUAUUAUCAUACAAAGAUCUUACAGAGGCUGUCUAUACCAGCUGCAAAAAAAUGAAGCCGUGCUUCCUGGCCGCAUAUUAGCUAGAGUCCUGGGCUGCCGUAAAUGGGUGAAGCUGAAAGCCUGCUAAAUUUUGAGCAGUUAGGAUUUGUGAAGAGCCAAAGAUUUACAUGUAUUUUUACUAUUUUAACUGAAUUUUUCUAUAUCAUUUUCCCCCCAGGGUGGGAAAAUGAGGUUAUGUAAUUGGUGCAAAGCAUAAUACAACUUUUUUUCUCUUCAGCCCAAA